AUGUCGGGUUUCGUGAAGAUCGCUAUCGACGAUUAUUACUCGGACAGUAAUUGGACGACGAUAAUCAACAAAUAUUGGAUGCUAGCAGAGCGAGUAUCAGAUCCACGUGUGCAAGGAUGGUUCCUCUUCGACACACCACUGCCGACUCUAGCGAUGGUCGUGGCCUACCUCAGCUUCGUGAUGGUGGCUGGACCACUUUGGAUGGCCAAUAAGAAACCGUUCAGAAUACAAAACACACUUGUAGCAUACAAUGCAGGACAAGUUUUACUCUCCUUAUACAUGUUUUAUGAGCACCUAGCGUCCGGUUGGUGGGGAGACUACAGUCUCGCUUGUCAGCCAGUGGACUACAGCGACAGCGAAAAAGCUCGGCGGAUGCUGCACCUAUGCUGGGUGUACUAUUUCUCCAAGCUAUCGGAGUUCGCCGACACGAUAUUCUUCGUGCUGCGGAAGAAGAAGAGUCAGAUCACGUGGUUGCACCUCUACCAUCACUCGCUGACGCCGUUCGAAGCGUGGCUGCUGGUCAAGUUCAUCGCUGGUGGGCACGGAACUUUCUCAAACAUCGUGAACAAUCUAGUUCACGUCAUCAUGUACAGUUACUACAUGAUGGCUGCCAUGGGACCCCAGUAUCAGAAAUAUUUGUGGUGGAAGAAGCACCUUACGACACUUCAACUUAUACAAUUCUUCAUGGUCCUCUUCCAUUCCAUCAGUGCCGUCGUGUACGACUGUGGAUAUCCAAAGCUCAUCGCUUCGGGCUUGAUACUUCACUCCAUGAUCUUCAUAGUCCUCUUCACGAACUUCUACAUCCAAGCGUACAAGAAGGACGGCGCAAAGCCAGCGGCGGUCAACAACAACAACCGUGGCGAGAGCGCGUCCAAUGGCGAGGUGAAAGCAAUGGCCAACGGCCACAUUACGACCUGCAAUGGCCACUUGGCUAAUGGACACAUGUCCAAUGGCCACGUGUCCAAUGGCCACGUGUCCAAUGGCCACGUGUCCAAUGGCCACGUUUCAAAUGGCCACAUGGCCAAUGAUCAUGUAGCUAACGGAAUGCCGCACAGAUUGACCAAGGCAAAUCUACACGCGCCGCCGAACGAUGACACUGUCUACCACGAAGCGAACGCCCACCUUAGGAAGGGCCACGCAAACGGCCACGCGAACGGCCACGUUCCAAAUUCAAAUGUGACUGAAAAAGAAAAAGUGCAA